GUCGGCUGCACGUGUGGGCGGGGGCGAUGCGUCACUGAUCCGUGAGGCACGGCCGAGGGGUCGUGCUCUGAGCGGAGUGUGCGGCUGGCCCGUUUCUCAGUUUGUGCCUUCCGCCUGGCUCUUUUGUCAGAGGAACAAGGAUGAAUAUGACUCAAGCUCGGGUUCUGGUGGCUGCAGUGGUGGGUCUGGUGGUUGUCCUCCUCUACGCCUCCAUCCACAAGAUCGAGGAAGGACACCUGGCUGUGUACUACAGGGGAGGAGCUUUACUAACUAGCCCCAGUGGACCAGGCUAUCAUAUCAUGUUGCCUUUCAUUACCACGUUCAGAUCUGUGCAGACAACACUGCAAACUGAUGAAGUUAAAAAUGUGCCGUGUGGAACAAGUGGUGGGGUCAUGAUCUAUAUUGACCGAAUAGAAGUGGUUAAUGUGUUGGCCCCUUGUGCAGUGUUUGAUAUUGUGAGGAACUACACAGCAGAUUAUGACAAGACCUUAAUCUUCAAUAAAAUCCACCAUGAACUGAACCAGUUUUGCAGUGCCCACACACUUCAAGAAGUUUACAUUGAAUUGUUUGAUCAAAUAGAUGAAAAUCUGAAGCAAGCUCUGCAGAAAGAUUUAAACGUCAUGGCCCCAGGCCUCACCAUACAGGCUGUGCGUGUUACAAAACCCAAAAUCCCAGAAGCCAUAAGAAGAAAUUUUGAGUUAAUGGAGGCUGAGAAGACAAAACUUCUUAUAGCUGCACAGAAACAAAAGGUUGUGGAGAAAGAAGCUGAGACAGAGAGAAAAAAGGCUGUUAUAGAAGCAGAGAAGAUUGCACAAGUGGCAAAAAUUCGGUUUCAGCAAAAGGUGAUGGAGAAAGAAACUGAAAAGCGCAUUUCUGAAAUUGAAGAUGCCGCGUUCCUGGCCCGAGAGAAGGCGAAAGCAGAUGCCGAAUAUUAUGCUGCACACAAAUAUGCCACUUCAAACAAGAGAAAUGUGUGCUCAGCCAUUCAAGAAAUAAGAGACCAGAGAGAAGACAACCAGGACGUGGUAAGUGUAAAGAAGACUGAUUACACCUGGGACCGAGGCGCUCUCUUUGGGGUCCAGUCCCAGCGUUUAUCUGUGUGAUUAGCAACCAGUCCACUGAAGUUCCCCGGGAAAUGAUCUUCCACUUCAGCAACUUGAUACAGUUUGUACCUUUUUGUUUUCCUACAGUGGAAUUGAUGGCCUGCUGGGACAUGCAUCUUGCCACCCAACCAGAGAUUCCUCGUAGAGAUUCCUAAUCACUAGUUUUUUGCAUUAGUAGGCUCAGAGAUAGAGCUUGGUUUGAAGUUUUGGAUGAAAUGAAACCUUUGCUUUGAUCCAGAGCUCUGGGGCCCUGCAUCCCCUUCCACUGGGUGAUGACUGACUGCGUCACUGUCCCAGGCCAUGUGUGACUAAGGUGCCUGGUUUUUAGCCAUAGACAGCUCCUUAUAUGUCACCUCUCAGCUCUGGCUGGCCAAGAGCAGGACAGGGCUUUAACCGGAAAUAGGAGCAGCAUACAAUUCCUAGUUUUUUACUGCACAGUAUUGUAUCAUAACUGCAGGAAGUUUUUCUUUUUAGAACUGGAUUUGGGGUACAUUCAUUUGCCCCAGUACCUCUGCCUAAAGGCCAAAUCCUAGGGCUGCCUUGGUUAUUAGCACACUGAUUCUCCUUCUCAACGUUGUUCGUUAGGAGCCCACAUUUCUAAGAGUAACUUGGAAAGCAUCCUUGAUCAUCUUUGUCUCCUUCCCUCCUCGCCCUGAGAUGCUGAAAUCAAAGUUGUUCUCCAACUUUCACCUUCCCUAGGAGAUCAGGACUCCACUGACUUCCUAAGCAGCCAGUGGAUUUAACCUUCCAUGAGAGGAUGACAGAGUUAACCUAUUGCUAUGGGAGACCUGUUUCAUCUGGGCCUUUUUUCCAUUAAGAUUGACUUUCCUGAAACAGUGUGCCCCAUAGUUAAGCCUGAGUUUGUGCAGCUUGUUAAGACACCUUUUGUAUACACUAUGUUCAAGCCAGACAGAGGAGUCGUGGGACCACUUCCAGACACCUUUCAGCUGUCAGUCCGGUCAGUCUCAUAACAGCUUGUCGGUGGUGCCAAACACUAUAUGGGAAAGAAAUCCCAGAUUUGAGUGAGUCUUUUCCCUGGGCCUUAUAUUAUAGAGGCAUUUGUAAUAUGGAGAGAAUCAUUUUUUCAUUUUUGCUCAUUUAAUGAUAUAUACAUUCUCUUUAUGAAUGAAUUUUGUGUUCUCCAACCCUCCUUAGAAGAACUUCUGAACUGUAAAAGUAAACUUUUCACCUGUCAUAUUGUUGCUGCAGAUAAAUAAUGAUUGUGGUGGGAAAUCUGGAUCAUUGACCUUUGUGCUUUCAUUCCUAGAGAUGUUUGCUAUUCCCAUGAGCUAAAAGCUGUUUCCUCAAAGUGAUGGAUGUGGGUUUUCUUACAAGCCACAGGCCCUGAUGGCAGAGUUGAAGAACAAGGAAAUAGCAUUGUGAAAUUUUAAAGAAAGUCCUUCCACUUAAACUCCCCACGGAGUGUGCUUCCCUUUGCUCACUCGAGCUCUAAGUCUAUCCCUCCUUCAGGGAUGUUCCUUUUGGUAAAUAUACACUGUAAUCUUGAGGUCUAAAUUUAUAUGUGAAUUGCUACCUUUUUUAAAAAAAGAAACUAAAUAAAAUUAUUUUACUAUCAA